AGCCGUUCAUACCUAAUUCCCUUCCAAGUAACCUCAUCCAUUUCUCUUGCCUACCACAAACUCAAACACAGACAAUACACACACAUGAAAAAUUCUAUCUUCUCAAAAACUCAAGUGUUCUCUCCCUCUCGAUACAAUUCACGCACACACACACUGUAUCCCUCUUCUCCUACAUAUGAGAAACCCUAAACCUCCUGAUUCAUCCUAAAUUACCACCCGACACCCCCUAUAUUUUCUGAUUUAAUGGAUGCCACCACCAGAUGGUGGUGGCGUGUGGCGGCGAGAUCAGAGCGAGAGAGUGAGAGAGAGCAGAAAGAGAGGGAACGACAGAGUAAACGGAGAACCAACCAAACACCGGUCGAUCCCUGGCGGCCGGAAAAACGUGGCGACGUACCGACGACAUACCGCUUUUCCGGCCAUAUGAUGCCGAUGUGUUUGAAGACGAGGAUGAUAUUGAUGGGGGGAGGGGGGUGGUGUUGGCCGACGGCGGCGCUCACCGCCGGAGCCAUGCUGUCUACGGCAGUGGCGGUAAUGGUGGUGGUUUUAUUCACGUUUCAAGUUUGUGGGUUGGUUCAAGUUCAAUCAAGUGUCGGUUCGGGUGACAUCUCGGGUCUUGGUUCGGUUCGGUUCAACAAGACAGGUUACGGGCCAAACUUAGUCCACCUCAGGUCACGAUUUGGUUCGGUCAGAUUUCAGUUCAGAUUACGGUUCAGGUCAGUUUUGGGUGGUUCUCGUUCACGACACGGUCAAAAUUAGUCGACGAAAGUCAACUGGCCAAACCCCAGUCAACGGCAGUCAACUGUCGGGUCAACUGGUCAAACGCAAGACGCGGUAAAAGUUUAAACGACACGAAAAUUCUCUUUAUCUAUUUCGUUGUUAUGAAAAGUUAUAGUUAUACGCGACCGAGCUCGACCAGAAUCGAUAUUAGUUUACUUUUGAUAUACUUUGACAAGAAUCUUAUAUAUAUUGUUACAGUGUUGAGUAAUUGAUUGAAUUUUGAAAAUAAA